AAAAAUACUCUAAAUAAUCAAAAGAGCGAUUUUUUUUUCCUGGGUCUCUCUCUGGUGGUGACGAUCGAAGAGAGUUCACGGAUUCAUACAAGGAUUAAAUAAAUCAUUCCGAAAAAUAAAUCGAAUCGAAAUCGAAGCGUAAGGAAUUCGGGAGAGUGAUUUUUGGGUUCGAAUUUUUGUGGUUGAUUCAUAAGAAAGCAAAAAAAAAAAGGGUUUUGAGAUUUGGGUUGUUUUGAUUUCGAUUUUGGUUAUGGGUUUAGGUAAUAAGGGUAACAAAUUCAAUUUCGGCGAUAAUGAUCUCGCCGACGAAGGUAGUGCUGCCGAUGGCGAUUCUCGCGACGAAGGUGAUGGUUUUGGUUCUGUUGCGUGUUCGAUUUGUCUUGAGACUGUUGUUAAAAACGGCGAUCGAGCUUGGGCUAAUCUUCAAUGUGACCAUCAGUUCCAUCUUGAUUGUAUUGGUUCUGCUUUCAAUGCAAAGGGAGUGAUGCAAUGCCCCAACUGUCGGAAAGUAGAAAAAGGCCAGUGGCUUUAUGCAAAUGGUUGCCGUACAUAUCCUGAAUUCAAUGUCGAGGAUUGGGUUCACGAAGAAGAUAUUUAUGAUAUUGGAGCAUACUCUGAAUUGUCUUUUGGAGUUCACUGGUGCCCAUUUGGAAGCUCAGCCCGUCUUCCUUCUUUCGAGGAUGGAGAAUUUUCGCCGAGUUCAUAUCACGAUCUUUUGGGACAGCAAGGUUACUAUACUGAACCAGCAGCGCCAACUGCAGGUCAUCCAUGUCCAUAUGUAACCUAUUUUGGCCCGGUUCAUUCGUCUUCCUCAAGCAGUGGUGGUGCUGCAGGCGUUUCAGACAGUUCAAGUUUCAGUAGUCACUGGAACACUGGCUCUUCGGUUUCUGGUGAAGUCCCAACUCCAUAUGGUUUCCCUGUGGAUCCGCACUAUCACGGCUGGGAUUAUCACCCGCCUCCACCCCCACCGCCACAGCAUUUCUCUGCUUCUGGCCCUCAUGUGGGUAGUCCAACUCAGCCCACGCCUCCACCAGCUGCUGCGAGGACUUCUCGAACCAACGGCUCAGAUGUGAUCAGACCCAGACCGCCACAUUUCACCCGUCCAUUUCAUGGUCACAGUUCCAGUGGUAGAGCGGGUAGCUCGGUGGCAUCUGUUCCGAGGACACCACCAUUUCCAGGAAGCAACGCUCGGACCCGCGACAGAAUGCAGGCUCUUCAAGCAUAUUACCAACAGUCUUCUGCACAGUCACACCAGCCGGAUUCGCCUAUAGUCUCUCGAGGACCUGUAUUCCCGUCUGGCCGGAGGCCCGCUAGAGGAAUAGCUUCCGGGAUGGGAUCAACAUCAUCUUCUUCGGAUCAGGCAGGCGGGAGUGGUUUUAUCCGGUUUAACAUAUGGGAGAGAGAUCCUUAUAUGCAAUCACAACAAGCCUACUCGGUUAAUCAGAUGGACAGAGAACCAAACAUUUGGACAUCUUCAUUUAACGAAGGAUCAGGAAGCUUCCAUCAGAGGCACGGUGGCGGAGGAGGAUCAUCGUAAGAACUGAGUCAGUACCCGUCGAGAUUCUCACCGGUCGGGCAAUUCUCAUGAUGGA